UUGAUAAGGCCGAAUUUCUAUCGGUUCCUUUUUAUUGUGGAGACGGGGAGGGAUGACAGAGGUAAAUUGCUCUUUUAAUUAAACCAAUGCACCGAAGGAAAUUGCUGUCUGAAUAUUGUCUCAGAGAUGGGGCUUGUGACAGUUGCCUGGAAACUUCAAUCUGUCUCGCAUUUAUUCCAGAUCACAGUUUUGAGAUAAAGUUUAAUAAAAAUCUUUGCGCCAAUGAAAGCCUACCCUUUCACGUCCUCCACCGCCACCACAAUGCGACAGAACUGCGGAGGAAGCCUUAUGUUUAACAUGUAUCUCUCAGACCCCACAGAAAAUCUUCUGAAGGAAAGCAAAAUCCCUUCUUGGACCCCCAUCAACACAGGCGUGCAAAAAGGAAGUGGACAAAUCCAGCUAUGGCAAUUUCUUCUGGAGCUGCUGUCUGACAGCGCCAAUAUGACCUGCAUCGCCUGGGAGGGGACCAAUGGAGAAUUUAAACUGAUAGACCCGGACGAGGUGGCCAGACGGUGGGGGGAACGCAAGAGUAAACCGAACAUGAACUAUGACAAACUGAGCCGAGCUCUGCGCUAUUACUACGACAAAAACAUCAUGACCAAGGUGCACGGAAAGCGCUACGCGUACAAAUUUGACUUUAACGGCCUGGCGCAAGUGUGCCAGCCCUCCUCAACCGAACAAGCUAUUUACAAAUUCCAGAGCAACUUCGCUCCCAUCCAAUUUUCAGGCAUUUCCAAACUCAGUCUGGUUGCUCCAGGUGCUGGUCCGUCGGGGUUCUCAUACUGGCCCGGAUCUCCUCCGACCCUCUAUCACAGCCACAACCUGCAACCGCCAGGACCCUUCGGUGCCGUGUCUGCGUCACAUUUAAGUUGCGUUAACAAUAUCAACAGUUUAAAUAACCUAAAUAAUAUCAAUAAUCACUAUAACUGAUUUAUUUUUAUUUGCCUCAGGAGUG